GAAAAUCAUUUUGUAUUUUGGUCGUUUUUCGCGGCAUAUUUAGUUUAAGUGUUGCACUUUAAAAAUGUAAUGUUUUGUGAAUAAUUUAGUUUACCUGAAGUGUUGAACAUGGAGAAAAUUAAUGAAGCUGCAUCCCAGUAUCAGUUUCCAGGACAAAUUUCAGGCAGUGCGGACAAGAAGCAGUCUAUCCUGAAGCUGCCAAAGCGAUUGCCGCUGCAGCCACUGUGCUUUACCACUAGCGAAGAUGAGGACACCGCGACCUCCACUAUGACCUUGCCGCAUAAUCGCAGAGUAAGCUUCUCGGUGGGCCUGCAGAUCAAAGAAUUUCACAAAGAUACUGAAGGCAUCACAGAAGGUUGGGGAUCAUCAUAUGAAGAGUCUCUGAGAUCUGAUUCCACUCGUUCCUCUGAGAGCAGCUCGAGCUGCAAUGGAUCUUUGGUACAAUUGCACCAGAAAUCAUCCCAAAGAAGUCAGCUGAUGCUAAGCAUGCUCACGGGAAGAGAAUCUGCUAUGUGUGGAAUGUCAGCCAUUGCACAAGAUCCUCCUUCAACAAUAGUAAAAAGGCAGGAAAUGAGUUACCAACAAAUUGGCAGCAGAAGAAUGUGUGAAAUGAAAAGUACUGUUUUCCAGAUUGGUGCAGCUGGGAAAUUAUCAAGGUCAAGCACCUUACCUGUAAGAGGUGGCAGUAAGGGGCUGACUUCUGGUAGGAUCAAUGCUCAGUUCGCAGGUGACUCUUCCAACACCAGCUCAGGACUUGCAAACUUGUGGCAGGAACAUGUUAAAAGUUCUCAUGCCACCAUGGCUCCUGAAGAUGGUUACAAACCCGCUGAACGGGGCGGAUUGGACAAUGUUGUUGAGUUGUCAGAUGUGUUAGGACCUUCUGAGCCAUCAGAGAGCAAACCAAGAAGUUGUCUGUUUUCACCGUCUGUCAAAUAUUCACAAAGGGUCAGUAGAAUACUUGAUGGUGUUUAUACAUCUAAUGAACACACUUUGUUUGAAAAAUUAAGUGAGGAUGUAAAGGAAGAAACUAGUGUGUAUUCUUCUAGUAUUAGUGAGGAUAUACCAUGUUCGUCUCCUAGACAAAACUGUAGACCUGUAGCUUCUGUUCAACCAACGGGUGAAGAGGACAGAGAGAUUUUUUUUCCUGUCCUUACGCCACACAUUAAAUUGAGAGCUCCUCAGGUUCAAAGUGUUAUGGACUCUAACCCAACCACCACAGAGGGUCAAAGUAAAGUGGAUAAUAGCAGCAGUCUGUUGUGCGGUGAAGGUGUGAGCAUUUCACAUUCCAUCCAUGACUGGGGAAAUGUGGAAAGUCAUAUCAGAAACAUGAACCGUAGCAAGGGAAACAUGAGCAUGGAACUAACGGAUGUGUUGCCUCAGUCACAGGUGAAUUGUGCAGAUAUGAGCCUCACACUCACCGACUGCAUGGAGCUGACGGAUGUGUUGCCUCAGUCACAGGAGAAUUGUAGGGAGAUGAACACAUCACUCACUGACUGCAGGGAGCUGACUGAUUUGUUGCCUCAGUCAAAGAAGAAUUGUGGGGAGAGGAGCGUUACACUCACUGAUGGAAUGGAGCUGACAGAUAUGUUGCCUCAGUCACAGGUGCAUCGUGUGGAGAUGAACACAACACUCACCGACUGCAUGGAGCUGACGGAUGUGUUGCCUCAGUCACAGGAGAAUUGUAGGGAGAUGAACACAUCACUCACUGACUGCAGGGAGCUGACUGAUUUGUUGCCUCAGUCAAAGAAGAAUUGUGGGGAGAGGAGCGUUACACUCAUUGAUGGCAGGGAGCUGACAGAUAGGUUGCCUCAGUGUCAGGUGCAUCGUGUGGAGAUGAACACAACACUCACCGACUGCAGGGAGCUCAUCGAACCCAUUCGCAAUGACAUAAGAGACACAAGAGAAGCUAAGAUGUUGCUGGACGUCUUCCGGGGUGUUCCCAAUGCUUCACUGGGUAACCCUGAGACAAUUGACAGCAGUGCAGUUAAUGACAGCUUAAUGAGCAUGGAGCUCACUGAAACACACAAAAACUUAGUAUCUUUCCUUUCAGAGCCUGAUUUCCGUCCAUUUAAUGAUAAUCACCCCAGUGUGGGAGGUGUAGCCAGUCCGGCUAUAGUUGCAGGCUCAUCUAACACUUCAAGUGAUUGUCCUGCAGGCAGAAAUGAAAUACCACUGCUCACUGGUGAUGACAGUGCUGCUUUGCUGCUCUCAGGGUCUUUGGAUGACAAGGGCCAUGGACAAAACCAUAGAGACAUCAAUUUGGAAAAUUCCUUAAAAGAAAACUAUGGUGAUGCAAGGGAAUUUCAAGGUAGCAAAGGCAUUUUUAUAAGGCAAAUUGCUGAUUCAGCAGAAUUGCCUAGGAAAAAAUUUAAGUCAUCUAAUGUGAAAACAGAGAAUGAAAUUGUCAAUCUGAUUGUACCUAAAGGGCAGAUAUUAGACUCUUCAUAUGGUGUUCCAAAGCAAGAUAAAAGCAGCUUGCCGUUGGCAAGCAGCGAUGUCUCUGCCUUUUGGCAGUCGCAUACAAACCAGAGCGACACUAAUUUUGAAGACAAUACCUCGAGGUUACUUGCUGCUAAGAUAUGCAUUGAAGGCUUGGAGCGAUAUGGGGAGUCAGCACACAUCAAUGAUUCUUCCAGUGUUCAUUUGACCAAUAUGGUGACUGGAAGCAACCAGGACAGCGAAAUACUGCAAGAAGUGAAUCUUAAAGAUGAUGUGGAUGCUUCAAAUGAUAAGGUAGCAGUCACUGGAGAUGCAUAUCAAAGCAGUAGCUGUGAUCAGAGUAUUCUUGCUAAGAAAGACGUAGGUUGUCAUUUCACACCUCAAGAACGUAAUGUGGUUGAUGAGGUUCAGUUUUUGAGGGAACAUGAAACUCAAGCAUCUUCUGAAGGUAUUGUUGAAAAGUACGAAAAUCUUCACUCAGCUGAAGUCUGCAGUAGAACCAUUAACAGUGAAGUACAAGUCAACGUAAAUCAUUCAGUGUUUACUGAAGGUACAGUAAACCCUCUGUCUUUCUCUAAUCAUCAGGGCAUUGAUUCUGCGGAAACUGCCUGUGUACAGACUGCGUCCAGGCACUUCACAGGCAGUAAAGACCACUUGAGGUCUGCUGACUUAAACUGCAACAGUGCUAGUGUAACUCAUGGUGAUGCUUGCAUAGAAAAUGUGAAUGUUAUGGAACAAAUGGGUGUGACUUGUAUGAAUGUCCCGAAAAGUUUAAUAGAUUCUCAGUUAUCUCUUGUUAGAAACUAUGAUGUUAUUAAUCAAGAAGGAAAUGGAACACCUUGCUCUUCACUUGUGUGCAGUAAUACAAGUGGUUUUAUUCAAAAAUUCAAAUUUUCAAGUGAUUUGCAAAUUGUGGACCCAAAAAGUAAUUCUGGCAGGGAAAAUAUUGAAAGAAUUCUUAUUGACAGUAAAUUAAAAUGUCAAACAUUUAAAAAACCUGAUAGUGGUGACAUAAAAAGUGGCCUAUUAAAAAACGUCAUUACUUUGUGUUCUGAGGAGUCCCACACAAUCACUAAAAUGUCUCGAGACUGUAGUGAUAGGACUAUUGGCAAAGAGAAUGUGAAAGAUACUGAUGAGUCACUCACAAACACAAAUUAUAAACCUGGUGGGGAAAAUGUGGAUGAUGUUGAGAUGCCUCCAGAGUGUUCCAAUCACGUAUCUUCUGCAGACACUGAUUCAGGAGAUGCGGGUAAUGCUUUACCAGUUGGCAUCAAGGAGAGUGACAGAAUGGGAACAGUGAGUGCGAGCAUGAGUUCUGACUCCCUGGUGACUGAUGUUCAUACAAGAAGCCUGACUCCAGAGGCGAGUCAGAGUAGAUGCUUGGCACCAGUCAGUGUCAUUGCCGGACCUUUAUCUGAGAAUGCAGGUAGUGUAGUAGAAGUUGUACUUCCACUCACAGUUAUUGUUGAGUCACUGUCAAAGUGUGAACAAAGUGGAACCAGCAUUGCAGUUGAUGAAGAAAGAUUAAAUCUGCAGGCGUUGAGAAGCAGCAAAGGAGAUAUAGAGACUGAAUGUGCUUGCGUACCUCAACAGGAACUGAUUAAUUAUAAUGGUGUGGGUGUCAGCAAGGUUAAUGGAAGAUCAUGCGACAGCCCGACUAGGAGUACCGGAGAGACUAGCAAUGAUGAGAAUGAUGGUAAUUUGAGUAUAUGUGAUUCAUCUAUCAUGGAAGACUUUGACCUCGGAGAGUUUCCAGAUCAGCAGAAUCUCGUGAUGUCUAUGAGAUCCAGUCAACGUUGCUAUCCUGAAAAUGAAAUUAUGGACUGUGUGCUAGUAAGCACCACCACCAGCGAGGGAGAACCACGUGGUAAACUUGCUCUGCAGGGAAGUGUUGCUGAAGGUGCUAACCUUGCCAGGGAAUGUGAUGAUUUUUUCAUGGCCGUAAGAGAAAAUGAUUGCACCAUAAGUGAUGUCCUGUGUAGUAAAAACAACUCAGUUUUAGUCGAAAAAGACACUGAAAUGAGGGAAACAGAAACAGCAAGUUUAUUCGUAGAGAGAAUAUCAGGUGAUGCAAUGUUGAGUGAGUUGAAUGUUUGCACCGAUCCGGAAUCUGCAGCAGAGCCAGUGCGUGAGAGGCCAACUGGCACUCUUGAGUCUCGUGCCAGCGAAGUGCUGGCAGCUGCCUGCAGCUCGCCCGGCAGCUGCCGCAGGGGAGGUGACCACAUCACGCACUCGUCUGGAACGGUGUCCGCCAACACCAGCUGCACGUCGGACUCUCGACACACUUCUUCACGCCAGCUCCAUUGCACGCCUCAGCAUUUUGGCGCUGUAAAAGAUUUCCUGGAAGAACUUUCCAAAAGUGAAGAUUGUGUAUGGACCAUAAAGAAAAUGGAUGAGGAAGAAUGGGUCUUCCAGUUUCUCUUCUCAUCCCUAGAAUUGGUCUUGCAGCUUGAAACAGAGAACCAGCAGUCACCGUCCAAGUACAGAACUGUUACCGAUGUGCACCUGAAGUCUCGUUUAACAGAGAAAACUGAUCAACUCGCCCAUCUGGUUCAUUACAUCAUUCUCCGAAAAUUCCCAGUGGACACCUUGAGAAGUUUGUGCAUCACGGUAGAAGAUGUGCCACGAAUUUUGCAUCAUCUUUCCACUGAAGUAGACAACAUGACCAUUUUUAUGUUGGAGUUUGAUAUGUAUGAAAAAAAAGGAAAACUUUGUUUGAAAGACAAAUGUGUGACUAUGAGGAUACCUAACUUGGAACUGCUGGUUCUGCUCGAAGUUACUGUAGACCUGACUAACUGGGGAGCCCUCUGCAAGGCGGACGUUUCAGCCAGGGCCUUGAUUGGAUCCGUCAGGGAAGAAGACAUCCAAAAGUUGGCGUGCACAGUUGCACAAGGUGGAAACUUCUUGAGCCAGUUUCUUCUAACUAUCGAUGAUUACCUGCAACACCUGGCAACAUUACUGAAAUAAUUUACGUACUGACAACAUCGUGGAAUCCAGUAUCUAAUGUUUGUACCCCAUUUUUUUUUUUUUUUUUUUUUUUUAAAAUUUUGUAUGAAGAUGGCAAUACAUUCAGAUAGUUCAGUGUUUGUUAUAAAAGUCUGUCUCUUUUAAUGUUACGAAUACUUCUUUUUAGGACUGUGGGAAUAUUUUAAUUUUCCAGUACAAAUAUGAAUAAUAAACUAUUUGUAUUCUAUUUUACCUUGAAUACUAAAUAUUCAUUUGCUUACGAAUAUUUGAAUAGCAUACCCCGUGAGUUUGUUAUAUACCAACAUUCACUGUUGAGAUUGGUCAUUUGUGUGAUAUAAAUACCUUUUUUUUUUAAUUUCCAAUGGGACUUCAUAAUCAAAAACAUGAACAAUAAUCAACAUUUUAAACAUGCAACAAGUAUUCAAAGUUUUUUUCUCUACUAUCUCGCUAAACAGUUAAAGAAUUUUUUUUGUAUUCAUUUUGUCAUACACACCAGAAGUGAGAAAAAAUAAAUAAACAUUAACAAUUAUGAAUUACACCACCACAAAACACAGACACUACAUUGCAAUGGUCAUUAAAAGAAGUAAACGUCAUAGUUUCAACAGCGUAUAAAUUGAUCGUCACAAUUGAUCUAUCACCAUGUAGUACUGUAGCAGCUUACUUGCUGUAUGUAUCUAUGAUGCGAAUCAAAAAUAUAUUUAAAAAAAAAAGUAAAUAAUGGUUUCGGAUGUCAGAUGGAAUCAGCAGAAACAGUAUUUAUAAUAAUAUUGCUGAACUAAAAUAAAAUUUACUUGGCUGCCUUAACAACGUAAACUCAUGAAUAACUAGGGUUUAAAUAUGUAAAUAUGAUCUCAUUUAAUAACACAUUUUGGAAUUCAGCAUUUAAAAUAAAUCAAUUAUGUGUGAAAAUGAUUGCAUCAUAAAGUAUUUUGCAGUUCACAAAAAUUUUAUGGUUCAAUAUGUAGAGUAGCAUGUUCCAGAAAAUAAGGCGAGUAGGAACUGAAAUGAAAUAUUGAUUGGUUAAGUUAGCUGCAUAAUUUAAAAUACAAUUUUUUUAUUUCAUAAUUGAAAUAUUUCAACAAAUUUUUUUUUAUAAAUUAUUGUAGCUGACUUAAACUAACCAACUUUUCUCUUUAGUAUUAUUUGUCCAAUUUUUCAGAAGUUGUUAACUUGGUAUUCAUAUUUGAUUCAAACUAAAAAAAACUUAUAUUCUCACAGGCCUACUGUUUAUGCAACAAGAGAUAAAGAGUAUAUUUAAAUUUUAGUAUUGCCUAUGUAACAAAACCUGUAUAUAUGUUAAUAAAUGUGACAAAUUAAUUUUAUUAUUAUAAAAAUUGUUAAGCAUUAUUUUUUUGUAAUGAAAAUAUUAAAAUGGCAAUGUUAAAAUUA